CCGUUGGAAUCGCUCUUUUCUCUCCCCCUCUUUCGGUUCGCUGUUCAUUUUAGCGCGCACCGCAAAGCGAGCAGGCGUAUUUAUUCGGCGCAAUAGUGUCAUUUUAGGAGGCCCAGCAGAAAAUGCAGAAAUAGCGAAAGCGGCCACCACUUACCGUUUGAAUCGCUUUUUUUUCUCCCCCUCUUUCGGUUCUCCGUUCAUUUUCGCGCGGACCGCAAAGCGAGCAGGCGUAUUUAUACUGAGCAAUAGUGUCAUUUUAGUUAAUUUCUUAUGUUUAUCGGACUUGAAAAUUGUGGAAAACGCGUGGAAAAUGUUCGUAACAACUGAUCGCAGCCCGUUAAACUAAUUUUCUCGCGAAAUUUAACGUUUAAAUUCAAUCGAAGGUUUUUUACAAAUUGCGCACUUAAAACUGCAUACAUACAUAUAUGUGUACGUGUGUAAAUAUCCCGGAUAAAUGACCCCGCACCCCGCACCCAGCACCAAUCACCCAGCGCCGCGUGCAUUUGGGUGACCCAUUCGCCGGUGGAAAUGGAAGUGGCAGUGGGUCUCUUGGGUUUGUCUUAUCAAUGUCAAGAGUUCGCCUUCCCAUAUAACACUUUACCACCCAUAUAUGACUCCACCUGGAUACAGUCGCGUUCAAGCUAUUAGCAUAACAAUGCAACUAAUAUUGUUAUAUUGUGUGUGUGUUGGCCAACUUCCUGUGCAACCGGUCUGCAAAAGCGAAAUAUCCAGCCCAUUCAUUCAGCAUCCGACGCAAGUUGCACCUGCAACAAAAAAAUCUACAAAAAAAAAAAAAAUACGCCAUACAACUAAAAGAAAAAAAGGAAGGAGAAGCAUUUUCUAGACGUAGAAGUUGGCGACAUAAACCCGUUUUUUGAGUGGGGGAAACAGCAGCGCCUCCAAGGCCAAACACGAUAUCCACUUGGUCACAACAAAAAAAAAUACAAAAAACAAAAACACCUCGCAGGACCGCAAAAAACAAAACUGAGAAAAAAUAAAAUAACACAGCAGCGAGCAACUUUCCACAUUUUUCCUGGGCAUUUUCCUUUAUGCUGAGUUAACAAUUUGCGGCCGAAAAUGCAGAGAAUGCGCAGCAGUCGCCUGCUGGUGCUGCCACUGAUCCUUGUGCUGAUCCUGACGCUGCUCCUCCAACCGACUGCCGUCCACGCCAAGUCCAAGAAGAACAAGUCCAGCCAGAGCUCGCACCAUGGUGACUCCUCCUCCUCCUCCUCCUCGUCGAGUGGCUCCUCCUCAUCGGCGGCGGCAGCAGGUUCGUCCGCGAAUGAUGAGAGCAAGGCGAAGGGUGGCGACAAUGGAGGCCAGCACUUUGCCAUGGAGCCGCAGGAUCAGACGGCCGUCGUUGGUUCCCGAGUGACGUUGCCCUGCCGGGUGAUGGAGAAGGUGGGCGCGCUCCAGUGGACAAAAGAUGACUUUGGACUGGGCCAGCAUCGCAAUCUCAGCGGCUUCGAGCGCUACUCGAUGGUGGGCAGUGACGAGGAGGGCGACUUCUCGCUGGACAUCUACCCGCUGAUGCUGGACGACGAUGCCAAGUAUCAGUGCCAAGUGGGUCCAGGUCCCCAGGGCGAACAGGGUAUACGUUCGCGUUUCGCCAAGCUAACCGUACUUGUGCCGCCCGAGGCGCCCAAAAUUACGCAAGGCGACUACCUGGUGACCACCGAAGACCGCGAAAUUGAAUUGGAAUGCGUAUCGCAGGGUGGCAAGCCAGCUGCCGAAAUCACCUGGAUCGAUGGGCUGGGCAAUGUGCUAACCAAGGGCAUUGAAUAUGUGAAGGAGCCACUGGCCGAUUCGCGUCGCAUCACAGCCAGAUCGAUACUAAAACUGGCGCCCAAGAAGGAGCAUCACAACACAACGUUCACGUGCCAGGCACAAAACACUGCCGAUCGCACCUACAGAUCGGCGAAACUCCUGCUCGAGGUCAAGUACGCGCCCAAGGUCACCGUUUCGGUGGUGGGCGGUGCACUGGCGGGUGGCAAAAUUCCCGAGGGCGCCGAGGUGAUACUAAGCUGCCAGGCCGAUGCCAAUCCGCACGAGCUCAGCUACCGUUGGUUCAUCAACGAUGAGCUCAUGACCGGCGACUUUACCACCAAGAUGAUCAUUCACAAUGUGUCGCGGCAGUACCACGACGCCAGUGUCAAGUGCGAGGUGGUCAAUGCGGUGGGCAAGAGCGAGCAGAGCAAGAAGCUGGACAUAAGUUUUGGCCCAGUGUUCCGCCAGCGCCCCGUGAGUGUGGAGGCCGAUCUGGGCGCCACGGUGAGCAUGCGUUGCGAUGUGGCUGGCAAUCCGGAGCCCGAAAUUGAGUGGAUCAGCGAGAAUUCCGACCAGGUCGUCGGCGUUGCAGCGGAACUGAAACUGAAGGUGAGCAGCGAAACGGCCGGACGCUACUUCUGCAAGGCGGUGGUGAACGGAUUUCCCGAAAUCGGCGCGGAGGCAACGCUCUACGUGAAACGUGCCCCAAUCAUCACCUCGCACAAGGUGCAAUUUGGCGGCGUUGGCGGUCGCGUGAAGAUCGAUUGCCUGGCCUUUAGCAUACCCAAGGCAGAGCACAUACUCUGGUCGUUCGAGGGCAAGAUCAUCAAUAUGAGCAGCGCCGAUCCGGACAUCUAUAUAUUCGAGGAGCAUCACUUGCCGGAGGGUGUGCGUGCGGCCCUAAUUAUACGCGACAGCAAGGCCACGCAUUUUGGCAAAUACAAUUGCACUGUGAUGAAUUCGUACGGCGGCGAUUCGUUGGUCAUAACACUGCUGCGUGAGCCGGGCAACAUACCCGUGCUGCUGGUCGUCAUGGGCUCCAUGUUCUGUGUGGCCAUCAUACUGAUGAUCGUGAUGAUCAUCAUCGUGUACCGCAAACGGCGUAGCCGCAAGAAGCCCAUGCCGGCGGAUGUGAUACCAGAGGCAUCGCGCGGCGCUGAUAAGCUAAACGAACUGAAGAGCGAGCUGCGCUCGAAGGCCUAUGACGUGGAGUACUCGGAGGCGGGCGGCGAUGGCCUGGCCAUUAAUCUCACCCAAUCACCCAUGCCCGAUGUCCAGAUGAAGGGCGCCACACUGGGCGUGCCGCUUGCGGGGCCGGUGAAGUUCGAUGAGCGCUUUUCGGGCGACUUUGGCGGCGAUCGCUACAAUCGCCAGUGCCACAUCAAGAACCUAAAGAACCAGCAGGAGACCGCCUACAAGGGCAGUCCGCAGGCCAAUGGCUAUGCCCACUACUUUGAGUACGCCCUCGACUACAGUGCGCCGGGUGAGGCGGCUGCUGCUGCUGCCGCUGCUGCUGUGGUGGUCGGCGGCGGCAAGGUCAAGAACGGUGGCAUGAACUCGGCCACGCUGCCGCACACGGCGGCCACCUUGAAUGGGGGCGGCGCUGGCGGCGGCGGCGGCGGCGGGGGCGGGGCCAGUUUGCCGCGCAACCAGCGUCACGAAAUUCAACAGUCGCCACAGCAGGCAAACGGAUUUCUCGGACAACCGCUGCUGCAAAACGGCAUCGACAGUCGUUUUAGCGCCAUCUACGGUAAUCCCUAUCUAAGGACGAACUCCUCGCUGCUGCCGCCGCUCCCGCCGCCGAGCACCGCCAAUCCGGCGGCCACGCCCGCCCCGCCCCCCUAUCAUGCCGCCCGCCACGGCCAUGCCCACCACGCCAAUGGCGGACUCAAGCAUUUUGUGGGCGGGGCCGUCAUCACCACCAGUCCCGUUGGAAAUGUGAACGCAAACGGCGGCGGCUCGACACCCAGCGGCAUUGGGGGCGUGGCAGCGGGCGGCAGCGUCAGCGGCAGCAGUUCCAAUUUGACCGCCAGCAGCAACACACUGGCGGCCACGCCCCUGGCGGGCGGGGGCGGCGGCAACGGCGGUCAGUGUGCCCAGAGUCCGUCCGGCCAGUUCAUACUGUCCAACAAUGGGAAAGGACACACGCAGAAAGGACCUCUGGCCACCCACGUCUAAACUAGAGCAUUCGCCGAAGAAUCCGACGGGAAGAAGGAUAUAUAUAUAGAUAUAUCUAUAUCAGAGAAAGAGAGAGAGAGAGAGCGGACAGUAGCAUAACUCAUAAAUGUAUUAAAGCGCAGAACUUCUAGUGUGUAAACUUUUUUUUGUCCAUCGAUAUUAGCGUAAUUCUGGUUCGAGUGGCGUGGCAAAGGUCUUGAUAACUUCGAUAUAUAACUGUCUUGGCUGAAAUUUGAGCACUAAGCAUGUUAACUUCUUUCGUUUUGUACAUGUUCUAUCUAACAGACCCGAAGAAAAUGAAGUUCAACACCCUUGAGUAAAACGUAACCAUGCAAAUAUGUGUAAAAACCAAGCAAAAAACAAAAAAUUGAAGAAGAAAACAAAAACCGUAUUGUGAUUUAUAGCGUUAAUUAUUUUAUGGCUGAGCUCGAUGAGUUUCGGCCACCGCAAAUUAUAUCAACUAGUGCAAAUCUAAAGCUACUUAUCGAGUAAAAAAAAAUCGUAUAUCAAUUAAACACGAAACGUAUCGAACAGAAAUGAAACAAAAAAACAAAAACAUAUAACAUAUAUGCGUAUACAUAAACAUAAACCAACUACAAAACUUGAAAAGUUCAUUUUAAAAACAGCGUGUUGCAAACAAUUUUAAACAAAACCGAAAAUCAAUUCAAUUAUACACAUUGUAAAACCAAAAGCCUGUAGUUAGUUUGAAGUAAAAUGGAAGAAAAAAAGCUAACAAAAAAGUUAAGUAAAUGCAAAAGCAGCAAGCAAAACAAUUUUCUAAGCCAAAAUUUAUCAAAUUUUUAGACUUAAUUACGUAUACAUCAAACGAAACAAAAUGAAUGCAGUGAGAGAAACUUUUAGCGAGUAAGUGCUGUGUUUGAACUGUGACCCGAUCAAGAAGAGCCAAAAAAUUCCAAAAAUACAUAUACAUAUGUACAAGUACAAUUAUGUACAAUUGAAUAUCCGCCAUUACUUUGCACAAAUCACUCAAAUUGAAUUGAAAUCUAUAUAUUUUUCGUACGGCAUGCUACAGUAUUAUACCAAUUGAAAAAUCCCCAAGCAGUAAAUAACACUAGUACCAACUUUUCAACUUGAUCGGGUUCCCAGGAUCUCGGCAUUCAGCAUCCAUGUGAAAACUUGAAUAUUUUUUUGUCUAGCCGUAAGCGAGUAAAUGAUAUUUGAACUUAAAUCAAUUAUGUAAAGAAGCAAAUGAAUUAUUGUAUAUCGUAUAUAUAGAGCAUAAAUGUGUAUGUCAAACGCUUAAAUUAAAUGACUAGCUAAGAUUAGAGAGAAUGUUUGUAAUAUUAAUUGGUUUUUUUUUUUUUUUGGUCUGCCUAGUGUUUUAAGCCUAUUUAUAGACGUAAAUGCAACGUACAUGUAAACAAUUUUAAUGGUAACAACUUAAAAAAAAGCUUAGCAACAAUUUGUAAAACAUUUGAGCGAUCUACCAAAAAAAAAAAAAAAA